AUGCUUUACAACUUUAUUCAUUAUUAUUUUAUUAUUUUAUUACUAUUUAUACCUUCUGUGCAUCUGAAGUUAACAUCAUUACAACCAACAGAAGAACCUUAUGAAGAAAAUGAAAUAGAAUAUAGAGCUGAAAAAUCAGAAAGUGAAAAGGCAGGAAGGAAGGAUAAAAAAAUUUAUAAAAAGAUGGGUCACUAUGAUUUAGUUGUCGUACAACAUUAUUAUCAUUAUGAUGUUAAUCAGUAUCGUAAUAUUAGUGGCCAUGCUGAUUAUGAUGUGAAACAUAGUCCUUACAAACCAAAAGGUCGUGGUGGUCGUAUUUAUUACAGUAUUCAUCAUCAUUAUUAUUAUUGGUUAGUAGAUUGCAAACCUCCACAUAAUUGUAGACCACCAUGGUGUAAGCCUCCACCAUGUAAACCUCGCCCACCAUGUGAAGCUCCACCACCUCCAACAUGUGAACCAUGCCCACCUCCAGUAACCUGUGAACCACAAGAACCAACUACAGAUAUAUUCACAGAAACACCAACAACAACACUAAAGAAAAAACCAACAACAACACCAACAAAAAAAACACCAAAACCAACAACUAAAGGAACAAAACCAACAACCAAAAAAACAAAACCACCAACCAAAAAAACAACAACAAUGCCAAUAACAAUACCAACAACAACACCAACAACAACAAUGCCAACAACACCAACAACUAAACCAACUACUAAACCAACAACGAAAAAAACAAAACCAACAACAAAAAAAACAAAACCACCAACCAAAAAAACAACUACAAUGCCAAUAACAAUACCAACAACAACACCAACAACACCAGUACUAACAACAACACCAAUGCCAACAACAACCCCAACAAAAAAAACACCAAAACCAACAACUAAACGUACAACACCAAAACCAACGACUAAACGAACUAAACCAACAACGAAAAAACCAACUACAACACCAACUCAAAAACCAACAACUAAAAUAACAACACCAACAACAACGACAACAGCUUUUAAUAAUUGUGAAGAUAUGAGAGACUUCUAUUAUGGUAGAUAUGAAACUACAAUUUUAGUUAAUGUUACAAAAUAUCCUUCAGCUGAAAGAUGUGAAGAUUGUUAUAAAGAAAUGUUUGGACAUGACAUUUAUAACAGAUAUAGUUACUUUGAAAAUCUAACUGAUGAAAGAACAGUCAAAUUUAUUGAUGAAGUUAAUGGAAUGUCAAAAUCAUAUUUGAAAAAGAGUACAAUUAGAAAUUAUCUUAAACAAAAAUUAACAACAUUUUCAACAUAUGACAAAUAUGAAUCAUACAAAAAAUAUGGUAGUUAUUACUAUCACACAAUUCAAACUGGAUUAAAAUCUCAUCCAGUUUUAAAAAGAAGUACUGAAUAUGAUGGUAAAGGAGAAACAUUCUUUGAUGUAAAUAAAAUGGAUAAAUCUGGAAGAACAAGACUAGUCGAUUAUACAUUUACAUCAGAUGGUAAAUAUAUGGCUUAUUUACUUUCAGUAGAUAGAAAAUAUUUUACUACUAUUAAAUUUAAAGAUGAUACUGGUGCAGAUUUAGAAGAUGUCUUAGAAAAUGUUAUUGUAUCAAAAAUGUCAUUUGCUUAUGAUGGAUAUGGAUUCUUCUACUCAGCAUUUGCUACUAAAGAUGGAGAAAUUAUCUCUGAUAUGGGUGUUGAAAGUGUUUAUCAUUCAUUGUUUUAUCAUAAAAUGGGUACAUCACAAAAAGAAGAUGUAUUGGUUGCUAGUUAUACAGAUGAAAAAAAUAUAUUUGUUAAUGGAGAAGUUUCAGCUGAUGGCAGGUAUUUGUUUGUUUAUUACUUUAGUGGAAUAGGUAACAGUAAGAACAUGGUAUAUUAUUAUGCAUUAGAUUCAAUUAAAAAAGAUCAAAUUAAAGGAAAACUUAAUUUGAAAAAAUUAUUUACUGAUUUUGAUGCAUUUUACAGCAUUGUUGAUUCUGAUAAAACCAGUAUUGAUGUUUUUACAACAAAAUAUAGUUCAACAGGACAUGUUAUAAGAGUUAAAUUUUCUGAAGUUAGUAAAGGACCUAGUAAAUGGAAAAAAAUUAUUAAAUCAAAAUCAGAUAUGGUACUUCAGGAUGUUAAGGUAGCAGGUAAAAAGUAUUACAUUGCUAAAUACUUAAAUCACUUUACUAAUGUUUUUUAUAUUGUUGAAAAAGAUACUGGUAAACAUAUUACUGAACUUAGUACAGAAAAAGGUAAAGCUAUGUUUACCUUUAGUAGUGUAGACACUAAUAGGUUCUUCAUUAAAAUUUCUAGUUUAAGGUUACCACAAGUUAUUUAUACUGGUGACUUAUCAGAAUUGGAAAAGAAAAAAGAUGUUACUUUAACUAAAUUUGCACAUGCAAAAAUUAAAGGUAUAAAAGAAAGUUCAUUUGUUACAAAUACAUUGUAUUACACCAGUAAAGAUGGAACUGAAGUUCCAAUGUUGGUUUACUAUAAAAAAGAUAUUUCAGUUAGCCGUAAAAAUCCUCUAAUUCUUGAAGCAUUUGGUAGUUAUGGUAUUGAUAGUCUUCCAGAAUAUGAUCCAGCAGCAUUAUUGUUUGCAAAUCAUUUCCAUGGAAUACUUGCUAUUGCUGCCGUUAGAGGAGGAGGUGAAUAUGGAGAAAGUUGGCAUGAAGCAGGUAAACUUUAUAAAAAAGAUAAUACUUUUGAUGACUUUAUUUCUGCAACUGAAUUUUUAAUUAGAUUAAAUUACACUAGACCAUCAAAAUUAGCUAUUCGUGGUAUAAGAGAAGGUGGACUUAUAACAGCUGUUGCAUCAAGAAGAAGACCAGAAUUGUUUGGUUCAGUUGUUACACAAAUUGGUUUAUUAGAUAUGUUAAGUGAUGAUGCUUUCACCAAUACACCAUCCUGGAAAUCAGAAUUUGGUGAUAUAAGCAAGAAUAAAGACUUUGACUAUUUACUUAGUUAUUCCCCAUUACAAAAUAUACAUAUGCCAAAAAGACCUAUUCAAUGGCCAUGUACUUUAUUUACAGGAGAAUUAGUAAAUAACAAAGAACUUGCAACUCAAACACUAAAAUAUGUUGCUAAUUUGUAUCACCAUAUGAAAUCAGGUAUUAAAUAUCAAAGAAAUCCUGUAUUUGUUAGAAUAACUAAGGAUAGAGGUUUCCAUAAAAAUAUAGAUAUUGAACAAAAAGUUGAAGAAGUUGUUGACACAUUUGCUUUCAUAAAAGAAACACUAAAUAUAAAAUGGAGAUAUUAA